AUGGCGGAGAUGCAGGGCGAGGGAGCGAGUCCCGGGGACGGCGGAGGCCAUGAGAGCGGCGAAGACCAGAGCCCAAGGUUUGCCAAAGUUCGCGGUCAGGACAGGUUGCUACCCGUCGCUAACGUCAGCCGUAUCAUGAAGAGAGCGCUUCCUCCCAAUGCCAAGAUUGCCAAGGACGUUAGGGACAUUGUUCAGGAAUGCGUCUCCGAGUUCGUCAGCUUAAUCACCAGUGAGGCCAGUCACAAGUGCCUAGCAGAGAAAAGGAAGACCCUUAAUGGAGAUGAUGUACUUGGGGCUAUGGCCACUUUUGGGUUUGAAGCUUACAUUGAACCCUUGAGGAUUUAUCUGAUGAGAUAUAGGGAUAUGGAAGGUCCAGCAAAGGGAGGGGACCCGAAUGCAACGAAAGAAGCCCAACCUAUCCAAAGCACUGAGCUUCCUCACCAAGCCUCCUCCUCCUCACAAGAUCUUGCUUAUGGAGACUCUCUAGCUUACAGUUCUGAGCUAAUGCGACUUUAUAUGGCAUUUGCAGGGUCGGACUCAGAGUAG